AUGUUUAAGGCCGUACUGAAGAAAGGCAGAGAUGGAGGAGGGAGAGGGGGACAGAGGGACCCAGGAGAGCACCGCACUCACAGUGCCCAGUUGAAGGUCCCCGAUGCUGGGAUGCCAGGACUUCCAUAUUCAGACGGAGCCCCCAUUCCCGUCCAGCCGUACCCGGUAGAGGAGGUGCUGAGACUUGGUCUGUCCCGGGGGGUGUCCCUCUCUCUUCCCUCCUCCCCUUUACUCCCACCCCGUCAGCCCUACAUGCUCCCCCUGCACCCCAGCAACAAGUCCCCAGGUUCAGUCAGGAGGCUGAGGUAUGUGGAGAGUCCUCGUGUUCCUGACGAGAACAUCACCUGUGCGCUGAGGAACAAGGAGCUGUCCCAACCUGAACUGCUCUCACCGGCUCAGCCCGGCUCUUCCCAUGCCGCUCAGGAGCUGAUGACACGACUGGGUUUCCUACUGGGAGACGGCAUCUCCACCUCACCACACACACCUAUGGAGGACAGGAGCCCAGCCAAGUGUGUAGCUCCCAGGCAGGGGGUGAGUCCGGCGUCGACUCUGACCAGCAGCACGGCGUCUCCGGGCGUGGAGAGUCCGUGCUCGACGCUCAACCAGGAUGAGUCCGACAGGCCCGGCGUCUGCCUCCCCAGCCCCGCCCCCACCACCAUCACCACCAUCACCACGCCCAGCUCCACGCUGGAGAGCAAAGACAGCGGCAUCAUCGCGACUGUGACCAGUUCCUCUGAGAAUGAGGAGCGAGGAGGCUCCAGUCUGGAGUGGGCCAAAGGCGGCGGCAGCGGCGGCGUGAACGGGAGCGGGAAAGAGUGUGACGACCGCGGACCGUCCCCGUGCGCCACCGUCGCUAAGGAAGACCCGCCCUCGGCGCCCGCCGAAGCGCUGCCUCAAAGUGACGCUUCCACGGGGACCACGCCCCCCACCACCACGCAAACCACGCCCCCGGCAGACUGUCCUGUGACCUAUCACAGCGCUUCGCUCGUGAUGCCACGCCCCAACUCUGUGGCAGCUACAAGCUCCACUAAACUGGAGGACCUUAGGUAUUUGGAUGAACAAAGAAAUGCUCCCCAGCGCUCCUCCAUGCGUGUGCCCUGGCAUGGCUCACACACCGGUGGGCGGAGUCAGGAGAACAAAGCGCGAUUUGCCCCCUACAAGCCAGUGGACAUCAUGCUGAAACCGCUGCUUUUUGAGGUGCCCAGCGUUACCGCGGAUACGGUGUUCGUAGGCCGCGAUUGGCUUUUCCUGCGGUUGGAGGAGGUCCUGAGGGGGGGCGGGGAAUCGGGGGAGGGACGAGGAUCCGUCAUCGUGGGUAACGUGGGUCUCGGGAAGACGGCGAUCAUAUCGCGACUGGUUUCCCUCAGCUGUCAUGGCGGGCGCAUGAGACAGAUCGCCUCAAGCAGCCCUGGUGCCUCACCCAAGAUUACAGGUGGGAGUAGAACUACAGAACACCCUCACGGCCAAUCAGGUCUGACCUCCACCUCCUCUCUCUCCCCACCAGCCCACUGCUCCUCCAGCUCCCUCAGAAGCAGCAGCUGCCCGGGGACCCCCGAAAUACAGAGGCACAGAGAAGAGGCCGUGAAACGCCUGGCUAACAAGGUGAUAGCGUAUCAUUACUGUCAGGCCGAUAACACUUACACGUGUCUGGUGCCGGAGUUUGUGCACAGCGUGGCCGCCUUGCUCUGUCGCGCUCCUCAGCUGGGCCCGUACAGAGAACUCCUCCUCAGAGAGACCCACCUCCAGAGUCUCCUGAGCCUCCGCUCCUGCGUCCAGGACCCCGCCGCAGCCUUCCGCAGGGGCAUCCUCGAACCGCUCGAGAACCUCCGCAAAGAGAGGAAGAUCGCGGAGGAAGACUACAUCAUCCUGGUGGACGGUCUGAACGAGGCAGAGUUCCACAAGCCAGACUACGGCGACACCAUCGCCUCCUUCAUCACCAAAAUCAUCUCCAAGUUUCCGGUCUGGCUCAAACUCAUUGUCACCGUCAGGGUCAACCUUGUGGAAGUCAUCAGUCUCCUCCCAUUUCCCAUCAUCUCUCUGGACGAUUUUCACAGCAACUCAGACAUAUCUGCCGACCUUACCUCUUAUGUCCAGCACCGUGUGGAUGCUAGCACGGAAAUCGCCGGCAAUAUCGCCCUAAACGGCAAAGCCGAUCCGGCGACGGUAGCUAAGCUCAGCUCUCACCUGGUCUCACGGAGUCAAGGCUCCUACCUCUAUCUGAAACUGACCCUUGACCUUCUGGAGAAAGGCCAUCUGGUCAUAAAGAGCUCCAGUUACAAGGUUCUACCCGUCUCCUUGUCCGAGCUUUACCUGCUGCAAUGCAACAUGCGUUUCCCGUCCGCAGCCGCGUUCACGCGUGUGCUGCCGGUGCUCAACGUAGCGCUAGCCUCUCUGCACCCGCUAACCGACGAGCAACUCUUCAGGGCGCUGAACUCCGGCGCAAUUCGGGGAGGCUUGGAGUGGGAUGAUUUCACGCAACGCAUGGAGACCCUGUCCUGUUUUCUGAUCGGUCGGCGGGAUCGCACGCGGAUGUUCUGUCACCCGUCGUUCAGGGAGUGGUUGGUGUGGAGAGCGGACGGGGAGAGCACGGACUUCCUCUGUGAGCCCAGGAGUGGUCACGCCCUGAUGGCCUUCAUGCUGUCCAGACAGGAGGGCAAACUGAACCGCCAGCAAACUAUGGAGCUUGGCCACCACAUCCUUAAAGCACACAUCUUUAAGGGUCACAGUAAGAGGACGGGGGUGUCAUCCAGCGUUUUGCAGGCCCUGUGGAUUAGCUACAGCACAGACAGUCUCUCUGCAGCCCUCGCCUCCCUCAGGAAUCUCUACACUCCCAACGUCAAGGUGAGUCGUCUGCUGAUUCUGGGCGGGGCGAGCGUGAGCUAUCGGACGGAGGUGCUCAACAGCGCCCCCGUGCUGUGCGUACAGGCCCACCUAGGCCACGGGGAGAUGGUCUCUCUGCUUCUGGAGUUCGGCGCGCCCGUGGACGGCACCUCUGAAAACGGGAUGACGCCCCUCUGCUUCUCAGCCGCUGCGGGACAUUUGGGAGUGGUCAAGCUCCUCUGUAAGAAAGGAGCGAAGGUGGACCAGGCUGAUAAGAGCGGGCAGUGUGCACUGGUGCACGCCGCACUUCGGGGUCACGCUGUUAUUAUGGAGUACCUGCUGGAGCAGGAGUGGACCCCUGAAGGCCCCCAACAGAGUGUCAGCAACAACAACAACAACGACAAGACCAGGGUCCUCCAACAGGCUCUCAUCGCAGCCUCAAGCAUGGGACACACACAGGUGGUGAAGAGCUUACUGGCUCAGACCAAGGAGGAUCUGAAAGUACAGAUCGACGGCCAUGAUACUUUAUGGGGGGAGACUGCUUUGACCGCUGCCGCUGGGCGGGGCAAGCUGGAGGGGUGUGUCUUUCUCCUGGAGCAGGGUGCCGUGGUUACGCAGCCAAACCGCAGAGGUGUCUCUCCCAUCUUCAGCGCCACAAGGCACGGACACACAGAGGUGGUGGAGCUGCUGCUAGAGCACAGGGCAGAGAUUAACGCCGGCGAUAAACACGGGCGAUCCAUGCUUAUGGUGGCAGCCGCUGAAGGACACCUGAGCACCGUCGAAUUCCUCCUUUCUAAAGGAGCAUGCGUAACUGCCGUGGAUAAAGAGGGUUUGAGUGCGUUGAGCUGGGCAUGUUUAAAAGGUCAGAAGAUUGUAGUGCAGUGUCUCGUGGAGAGAGGAGCAGUGAUCGAUCACACUGACAAAAACGGACGAACCCCCCUGGACCUGGCCGCCUUCUACGGAGAUGCAGAGAUAGUGCAUUACCUCGUGGAGAAAGGCGCAGCUAUUGAGCACAUGGAUUACAGUGGCAUGCGCCCCCUGGACAGAGCCAUUGGCAGCAGGAACACCUCCGUGGUGGUCACCCUCCUCAAGAAAGGAGCCAAGCUGGGCUACAGAACAUCUCCGUACGAUCGAUCAGGGAAUGCUGCCUGGGCCAUGGCCACGUCCAAACCUGAUAUUCUCAUCAUCCUGCUACAGAAACUCAUGGAGGAGGGUAAUUUGUUGUAUAAGAAAGGGAAGAUGAAGGAGGCCGCUCAGAGGUAUCAGUAUGCUCUCAGGAAGUUUCCUAGAGAAGGUUUCGGUGAGGACCUCAAGGCCUUCAGAGACCUGAGGGUCUCGCUCUACCUCAACCUGUCACGCUGCCGCCGCAAAACCAACGACUUUGGCAUGGCUGAGGAGUUUGCCACUAAAGCCUUGGAGCUGAAGCCCAAGUCCUACGAGGCCUUCUACGCCCGGGCGCGAGCCAAGAGGAGCAGUAGGCAGUUUGGGGCGGCGCUGGCGGACCUGUACGAGGCGGCUCGGCUGUGUCCCGGUAACCGGGAGAUCCGGCGCCUGCUGGCCCGCGUGGAGGAGGAGUGUCAGCAGCUGCAGCGGGCCGGAUCCAAACACGCCGCCCAACACGUCCAUCACUCUGACCCCGAGGAAGACGAGGAAGAGGACGAGGACGAAGAGGAGUCCAUGCAGAGCGCCGACAAGAGCCCCGACAUCCAGAGCGCGAGGCUGAGAAAGAGCGACGACGAGGAGAGGUGCGAGGAAGGACAGGAGAGGCGGGCGGCCGCCCGGCAGCAGAGCCACUACCCGCAGACCCGCACCCUGCCCGACUCCCUGGGCCUGGCCCACGCCGACCUCCAGGGGCUGGGGACUUCCUCCUCCGGCCCCGCGCCUUCCUCCAGCAGGGCCUCUCACAAACGUCUCCCCUCCAGGCACGCUCAGAUUGUCAAAACCAGUCAGCACGCCGGGGGGUCUCUGCAGUCGGAGGCCCGGGCGGCGGGGAAGUUCCCGCCCCAGUGCGGCACCUCCAGCCCGAGGCCGAGCCGACACAGGCCCGCCUCGCUGAGGGCGGGGCCGUGCAUUGACAUCAGCCCCCUGGCCCCGCCCGCGGCGCCUCACGCCGGACACUCCGCGGACCGCCCUGCGCCGGGCGGCGGCGCUCCCCACCCCGGGCACCCGGAGAUCGGGCUUCUCUCCGGCCACCCCUCCCAAGCCCACGUCACGUCGUCUCGGGGGAACGAGCUCCUCUCCGUGUUGUCUCACGAGGGAGGUCCUGAGGCGCGGGGAGAACUGGGCCUCAGCAGCAGCGUGAGGGUAUCCAGUUCCUCCAGCAGCCUGGCCUCCAGCGGGAACCUCUCCGACGGAGGGCGCAACAGGGGUUCCGUCGCCAGCGAAAACGCGGCCGUCGCCGGGGACGUCGCCGCCAGGCCGGAGCGCGUGGCCGUGGCCGAGCACAAGCCCCGUCCUUUCAUGGGCAUCAUGGACAAAACGGCUCGCUUCCAGCAGCAACAGCAGGGUAGUCACGGCAACCCCGGUCAGCCGGGUCACCACGCCAGCCAGGGUCACCAUGGAAACGCGACCCUCGGCUACGGCCGUCAGGGUCACUCGCCAGACGGGCUGGGAGGUCACAAAAUCGCCGGGGGCAACCUGCACAACGGCACCCACGGCGCGGGCGAGUUUCACCAGGAGAGGUUCCACCCGGGAGCCCCCAGUUACAGGGAAUGCAACCCAGCUCUGACCCUGCAGCAACACUUCACAGACAGCAAGCACAAGCAGGCGAGCCUGGCCAGAGACAAUCCCAUUCUGAUCAGCUCCAUCAAACCCAAACGCUCCUUCAUCGAGUCCAACGUGUAG